CAGGUUUUCGAUGCCAUCAUUCGGCGUUUUGUGUGUUGUGUUUCUUGGAUAAAAAUGAUUUAAUCCGAAUAUAAUAACAAAUAAUACAAUGGAAUACGAAUCUUCCGAAUUCAGUGAUAUAACCACAGGAAGCUGCAAGAAAAGGCUCACAUUUCUAAAGUAUAUCCUAAGCGACACAUCGAGCGAUCAGAAAUGGGCUUCCGAAUUCGGGGAGGACACGGAAGGGCAUCAGUUUUCGUUGGAUUAUCUGUUGGAUACCUUCAUCGUUCUCUAUGACGAAUGCAGUAACUCUUCCCUGCGAAGAGAAAAGGGCGUCUCGGAUUUUCUUAAACUGUCCAAGCCCUUCGUGCAUAUUGUGCGAAAGCUUAGACUUAGCCGCGAUGAUUUUGAUAUACUCAAAAUAAUCGGGCGUGGUGCCUUUGGGGAAGUGUGCGUGGUGCAGAUGAUAUCCACGGAGAAGGUGUAUGCCAUGAAGAUUCUGAACAAGUGGGAGAUGCUGAAGCGGGCCGAGACCGCCUGCUUCCGCGAGGAGCGGGAUGUUUUGGUCUUCGGCGAUCGCCAGUGGAUCACGAACCUGCACUACGCCUUUCAGGACAAUAUUAACUUGUAUCUCGUAAUGGACUAUUACUGCGGCGGAGACCUUCUUACGCUGCUCAGCAAGUUCGAGGAUAAGUUGCCCGAGGAUAUGGCCAAGUUCUACAUCACAGAGAUGAUUCUGGCCAUCAACAGUAUUCAUCAGAUCAAGUACGUUCACCGGGACAUCAAGCCAGACAACGUUCUGCUCGACAAACGAGGCCAUGUACGGCUGGCGGACUUUGGCUCCUGCCUGCGACUGGACAAAGAUGGCACCGUCCAGUCCAACGUAGCCGUUGGAACGCCCGACUACAUUUCCCCAGAAAUAUUGCGGGCCAUGGAGGACGGCAAGGGACGCUAUGGAACGGAGUGCGAUUGGUGGUCGCUGGGCGUGUGCAUGUAUGAAAUGCUGUAUGGCGAGACGCCGUUCUACGCGGAAAGCCUGGUGGAGACAUAUGGCAAGAUAAUGAAUCACCAGAACUGCUUUAACUUGCCCUCCCAAGAGACCAUCAAUUACAAGAUAUCCGAGACGUCACAGGAUCUACUGAGCAAACUGAUUUGCAUACCCGAGAAUCGCCUUGGCCAGAACGGAAUCCAGGACUUUAUGGAUCACCCGUGGUUCGUGGGGAUCGACUGGAAGAACAUAAGGCUGGGUCCGGCGCCAUAUGUGCCGGAAGUGUCGAGUCCCACGGAUACAUCCAAUUUUGAUGUGGACGAUAACGACGUGCGGUUAACGGACUCGAUGCCUCCAUCUGCCAAUCCCGCCUUCUCUGGCUUUCACUUGCCCUUCAUCGGCUUCACCUUUUCCCUGAGCGGCAGCACCAGCUCUUCGCUGGACUCGACGAAGAAGAACCAGCAGAGCUCGGGCUUCGGGGAUGAUACCUUGGACACCAUCAGUAGUCCACAGCAGACUGCUGCCGAUGCCUCAGUAGUGGAUCUUGCCGUGCAGGAGAAACAGGUCAAGGCCCUCAACGAGCAGCUGGCGGCCUUCAAGCAGGAGAAAAUAGAAUUGACGAAGCAGCACGGUGAGAUUUUCGAACGCCUCAAGACACAAGAAGCGGAGCUGCAGGACGCUAUUUCUCAGCGAAAUAUCGCCAUGAUGGAGUACUCGGAGGUCACAGAGAAGCUCUCGGAGUUGCGCAAUCAGAAGCAGAAACUCUCGCGCCAAGUCAGGGACAAGGAGGAGGAGCUGGACGGAGCCAUGCAGAAGAAUGACAGCCUGCGAAACGAGCUACGCAAGUCGGACAAGACGCGGCGGGAGCUGGAGCUCCAUAUCGAGGACGCGGUCAUCGAGGCAUCCAAGGAAAAGAAGCUGCGGGAGCAUGCCGAGGAAUGCUGCCGACAAUUGCAGCUGGAGCUGCGCAAGGGCUCCUCCAGCGUGGAGACGACAAACCUUCCCCUGAGCAUCUCCUCGGACAUGUCGUCGUACGAGAUCGAAAGACUGGAGCUGCAGUUCUCGGAGAAGCUUAGUCACCAGCAGACGCGUCACAACAUGGAAAUGGAGGCGAUGCGCGAACAACUUGGCGAAAUUGAGAACUCGAACCUCGAGCUGGCCAAGGAGUUGCAGCAGACCCAAGACCGGCUCAAGUUCACCCAAAUGGAGUCGAUCACCGACUCAGCCGAGACGCUGUUGGAGUUGAAGAAGCAGCACGACCUGGAGAAAUCGUCCUGGUUCGAGGAGAAGCAACGCCUGAGCUCGGAAGUCAACCUAAAGGCGAAGAGCCUAAAGGAGCUGCAGGCCGAGGACGACGAGAUCUUCAAGGAACUGCGCACGAAACGGGAGGCUAUUAAUCAGUGGGAACGCCAAAUGGCGGAGAUCAUUCAAUGGGUGUCCGAUGAGAAGGAUGCCCGAGGCUACCUGCAGGCGCUGGCCACAAAGAUGACCGAGGAGCUGGAGUAUCUAAAGCAUGUGGGCACCUUCAACAAUAACGGCGUGGACAAUAAGAACUGGCGCAAUCGACGCUCCCAGAAGCUGGACAAGAUGGAGCUGCUCAACCUGCAGAGUGCCCUGCAGCGGGAGAUCCAGGCCAAGGCAAUGAUAUCAGACGAACUGAGCAAAACCAGAUCCGAUUUGAUAUCCACGCAAAAGGAGGUGCGCGACUACAAGAAGCGCUACGAUUCCAUUCUCCACGACUUUCAGAAAAAGGAGACCGAGCUGCGCGACUUGCAGAAGGGCGGCCUAGAAUACUCCGAGUCCUUCCUUAACAAGUCCACGCACCACGGCCUCAGCAGCGCCUUCUUCCGGGACAUGUCGAAGACCUCCUCGGAGAUAAUUCUCGAUUCUGCCGAGAGCUUUGGCAAUGAGUCCGGCGGCGACAAUUUCAUCUUCCAGUCCGGCGGCAACUCCUCGGGCAUGCUCUUUAACUACGAGCCCAAGUACGCGGGCAAGAACCACAAGGACACCUCCGCCUCCUCAAUGAAGGACGUGGUGUCGGUCAGCGAUUUGUCCCGGGAGGAGAGCGAUCUAAUGGUGAAGGAGUCCCAGAAGAAGGCCAUUCACCAGUUCUUGGUGCGCACGUUCAGUAGCCCCACCAAAUGCAAUCACUGCACCUCACUGAUGGUGGGCCUGACGCGCCAGGGAGUUGUCUGCGAGAUCUGUGGCUUCGCCUGCCACACGAUCUGUUGCCAGAAGGUCCCCACCACCUGUCCCGUACCCAUGGACCAAACCAAGCGACCGCUGGGCAUUGAUCCUACCCGGGGCAUUGGUACGGCCUACGAGGGCUACGUGAAGGUGCCGAAAUCGGGAGUGAUAAAGCGCGGCUGGAUACGCCAGUUCGUGGUCGUGUGCGACUUCAAGUUGUUCCUCUACGACAUAUCCCCGGACCGGUGUGCCUUGCCCAGUGUGAGUGUGUCCCAGGUGUUGGAUAUGCGGGAUCCGGAGUUCUCCGUGGGCAGUGUGCGGGAAAGUGAUGUCAUUCAUGCCGCCAAAAAAGAUGUGCCAUGUAUUUUCAAAAUAAAAACCGCCCUCAUUGACGGCGGCCUCUCGCUGAACACUCUGAUGCUGGCCGACAACGAAUCUGAAAAGUCCAAGUGGGUCAUUGCCCUGGGCGAACUACAUCGAAUAUUGAAACGUAACAGCUUACCAAAUACAGCUAUAUUUAAAGUAAAUGAGAUUCUGGACAAUACCCUGUCCCUUAUACGAAACGCCUUGUGUUCUGUCAUCAUAUAUCCAAAUCAAAUACUACUGGGAACGGAGGACGGAUUGUUCUAUAUUAAUUUAGAUCAGUACGAAAUCGCUCGUAUUGGCGAGAGCAAAAAGAUUUUGCAGCUAUGGUACAUUGAGGAAGAGCAGAUUCUCGUUAUUCUUUGCGGCAAACAGCGCAAUUUGCGCCUGCUGCCUAUUAGAGCAUUAGAGGCUAGUGAUGUCGAGUGGAUCAAAGUGAUUGAAUCAAAGAACUGCAUAUCGGCUUGUACUGGAAUAAUUCGUCGCUUCCCCAACAUUGUCUACUCAUUCAUCAUUGCGUUGAAGCGCCCGAAUAAUCACACACAGAUCGUUGUCUACGAAAUCAACCGAACGCGCACAAGACACCAAAAGACUUGCGAAUUCACCAUCGGCUACAUGGCCCAGCAUUUACAGAUAUUGUCCGAUAUGCGACUAGUUGUGGCGCACCAGAGUGGAUUCACUGCCUAUUUUCUGCGUGGAGAGGCCACCGCGAUGUCUUUGGUUCAUCCGGAGAACCAACUAUGUGCAUUUUUGAACUACUCUGGCGUUGAUGCGGUGCGGGUGAUUGAAAUUCUCUGCCCCAGCGGUGGCAACUUUGGCGAGUAUCUGCUGGUAUUCCAAACUCUGGCCAUAUACGUGGACUUGCAGGGACGCAAGUCGCGGGAUAGAGAGAUCAUGUAUCCAGCCUUUCCCACGUAUAUCACCUUUUGUGAUGGCCAUUUGCUGGUAUUCUCGGACACUCAUCUGGAUAUCUUCAACACACAGACCGCUGAGUGGGUGCAGUCGAUUGGUCUGAAGCAAUCUCUUCCUUUGAACAAUCUGGGUAACGUGGUCUUGUCAUCUGUCAAUGACACGCCCCUUAUUGUUUAUCUGUCCAAUAUUCACACAAAGGGCCUUCUGCAAUAUCGUGAGGGAAAUCGAAAAGGAAUGCCAAACAUUAAGCGGAGAUUUUCCAUUCGAGAGAUUAACAAAACUAUCAAAAGCGAUCGUAGAUCAAAGAUGAUAUCGGCGCCAACCAAUUUUAACCACAUCUCUCAUAUGGGGCCGGGCGAUGGUAUUCAAAACCAACGACUCUUGGACCUACCUACUACUCUCGAAACAGCCGAUCAGCAGGCCUGCAGUCCGAUAAUACACUCUCUGAGUUCCAUACCCCAAACCAGGAAAUCGAAUUUUCUGGAACAAGUUGAUGGAAACUCGGAUGACUACGGCAACGAUAACAUAAUCUCUAGAACGCCCAGUCCAAUGGCAUCGUCCUUCAUGGACGGCUCAAGCAAUAACGAUUAGAAUCAGUCAUAAAUCUCAACAUAUUGUAAUUAAUCGAUUUUUUAAUAAUAAUACUGUUUGUAAUAAACAUAUUUAAUUUCUCGAAUACGAAUGCGAAUACAUAAAUGAAAAUGCUAAAA